GUGGAAAUGAGUCAAGGCUCAGCCUCACUCCAAUUCACCUCGCUUUGCGCAGCACUUCUGUCCCUUCCUCAAUCUUUUCAUUCUCUAUCAUCAAAACUCUUCUCUUGAUCUCUUUCACUGAGAUUUGAUUGUUCAAUUGAAAGAAUGACGCUUCUCGAUGGACAUAGCCGUACCCCACACGAUACACUUGAACAAUUCCUUUCUGGUAUCGCGAUGCUUUGCUGUUUGCCUUGUCUUUGCGUUGUUAAGAUUGCUGAGAAAACGAGGAGCUCCGAAUCUUCAAGUCGAGAUAGAACGGGUCAGAGGAAGGAGGGUAAAGGGGUUGAGGAUAUCGAGAUAUCUGGUGGUUUGAAAAUCGAAAAGUGAGGAUUUGGGAUGAAUAGUUUCCCAACUAUCCAAUAACCA